UGAGCCGGCUGCUUUCUGUGCCUCUGCGAGUGUCUUUGAGCUGUUUUGACAUAUGCGUUCCCUCUCUGCUUCUCUCUUUUUUUCUGUCUUUCCAACACUCCCAUACCUCUCCAUACCUUUCUCUCUCUCUCUCUCUCUCUCUCUCUCUCUCUCUCUCUCUCACUGUUUCCCCCUCCAGGACAGGAAAAGGAGCGGUAGCAGGGAGCACUAGCGAAGAAGACUGACCACAAUAACAGGAAGAGGAAGUGGGCAGUGACCUGUAUGAGAGGGGACUGUGGUCGGACAGCUGUGGUUCAACACUUUUGGCUGUUGGAUGAGAAAACCACAUCAGAGGCGGCAGGAGGGAAAAAAAAGAGCAAGAGAGCCUCAAAACCUGUUGGACUCCUGCAGAAAAACCUUGUGAACUCUGUGAACUGUUUUUUUUUAUCCCUAAAUUUGUUGGUCCAAUAAUGUUGGUCUUUGGAAAUCCACCUCUGGAAUUCAUUCUCAUUUAAGAGGAAUCCACCCAUACUUCAUCACAGACUUAUCUUAUUAUCUGGACCACAGUCCAGACAAGGAUUUGUACAGAAACCUGGUGAAAAUCUAGCUGAGAGAGAAAUCCCUGCCUGUACAACACCUGCUGCUCUCUUUCAACAUCAGAAAAACCAGAAGACGGAGAGAAGAGAGCGAGGAAAAGACGUAGUGGAGGUGGUAUUACUCCCUGUUGAGAAUACGACCACCUACCAGCCACUAUUUGCUACAACAACCUGCCACAUUAAUAAAGUAUAACCCCAGUUUGAUUGAGGAAGAGAGCACCUUGAAGGAUUUGGGCUUCAUUUUGUACCAACGUAAAGGUCUCGUCAGCAGUUCUUGGCUUGGACCUUCCGUCUGUGUGAUGAUGGCUUGGCUCCAGCUGAGGACUAUGGGGCUUGUGGCCAUGAUGGCUUUGUCCGUCUCUCUCGCUGAAGAUUCUGGCCUACCAGUGGUGGAAGCAGAGCAGCAAGGCCCUGUCGAGAUUGUAAAAAAGGAGUCCCAUCCUGUCCUGUUCAGGCAGAAGAGACAUUGGAUCUGGAACUCUCUCUACGUGGUAGAGGAGCAACCUGCAGACAUCGCCUAUAAGAUAGGACAGCUAAAGUCGAGCCAGAGGGUAGAGGUGAAGACAUUUAAAAUAGAAGGUGAAGGAGCAAACAUCAUCUUCACUGUGGAUCAUAAAGGAGACCUGUUUGUCACCAGAACUCUGGACAGGGAGGAGAAGAAUGCGUACCAUUUGACCGCCACAAUGUAUGAUGGGAACAACAAGUUGAUAGAGGAUGCUGGAGACUUUGUUGUCCAGGUGACGGAUAUCAAUGACAACAUCCCAGUUUUUCCCAGAACAUAUAAUGGAUCCAUUAUGGAAAGAUCCACCAUAGGAACUAAAGUAGUUGAAGUGAGAGCAACCGAUGCUGAUGACCCUACCACUGCUAACGGAGAGCUCAGGUACUCUUUGGCCCCAAGUGUAGACUCAUCAGGCUUUGAAAUCGACAGCAUCACAGGUGUGAUCAGCUGCAAGACAAACACGCUGGACCGGGAAACCAAGAGUCAGUAUGUAGUGGUGGUUAAAGCUCAGGACAUGAGAGGAAUGGCCACUGGCAGCACAGCCACCACCUCUGUCACCAUCACCAUCACCGACACCAACGACAACAUAGCUUCUUUCACCCGAAAGACAUAUGAAUUGCAUGUUCCAGAGGAUCACAAGUUGAAUGAGAAGAUAGGCACUCUGGAGUUGGAGGACAGAGAUCAGAUUCAGAACAAAGAGCCAAUCUUCAAAAUUCUAAAUGGAAACAGCAACGUUUUUAACAUUGAACUCAGCCCGAACAAGGAUGGCAACGUCAUGCUCAAACAGGCUCUGGACUACGAGACAAAAAACAGCUACACUUUCACUGUCCAGGUGAAAGAAAACCUGCGUUUUACCGCUGACAACGAGAAGACUGCUGUCACCACAGCCGAGGUAAACAUCAAGGUGCUGGAUGUAGACGAGGCACCGGUCUUCUCCCAGCCCAUCUACACUUUCAAUGCGACGGAAGAACGUAUUGUGACCAACAUAGGAAAAGUCAUAGCCAGAGAUCCUGACAGAGCCAGCAAGAGCAUACGGUACUCCAUCUUAGACAAGGACUGUCCUAUUGGUAUCAACCCGCUCACAGGUCAGCUGUUCACCCUGAGGAUGCUGGACAGAGAGCUGGAGGCCACCCACAUGUUUCAAGUAAAAGCACAGGAGGAGCCAAGUGGUUUGGAGUCAUUUGUGAAAGUUAACAUCAUAGUUCAGGACAUCAAUGACAACAAGCCUGAACUUACUGUGGAUGAGAUCUUCGUAUGUGAGAAUGACCUCACUAAUACGGUAAUUGGAACCUUGAGAGCCACAGAUAAAGAUGACCAGCCAGCUUCCUUCAGUUUCAGCCUGGCCAGUGAGAGCUCCAACUUCUCCAUCAAAGACUAUGGCAACAGCACAGCAGACAUCAUGGUGAAACAGGGGCCGUUCAGCCUGGAUGACCCCAAGGAUUACAGCAUGGAUGUGCGCAUCAGUGAUGGAGGGCGACCCAUCCAGACCAGCAUCACCAAACUGGCAAUCAAGUCGUGUCGGUGUGAUGCCAGGCGGAUUCCUACGCAGUGCAAAGCUGGUGCACGGAGGAUGGGAGUGAGUGUUCAUGCCCUGAUAGCCAUUCUGCUCUGCAUACUGACCAUACUGGUCAUAGUGAUUCUGUUUGUGAUGAGGAAGCGCUACCAGAAGGACUCUCUGGCCAGUAUGAAGAACAGCGGGGAGAUUCACGAGCAGCUGGUCACAUACGAUGAGGAGGGAGGAGGAGAGAUGGACACUAAUGGCUACGAUGUUUCAAUCCUCACUUCCGCUUGCCACGAUGGCUCCCUGCUCCGUCACCCGGACCACCACCCCCACCCCUCUCUCUAUGCCAUGGUGCAGAAACCCCCCCACCACGCACAACCCACCGCAUGUAAGGGCGACAUGGCCGUGAUGAUCGAGGUGAAGAAAGACGAGGCGGAUCACGACAGAGACGGCUUCCCGUACGACACUCUCCACAUCUACGGCUACGAGGGACCGGAGUCUUUAGCUGGAAGCCUUAGCUCGCUGCAAAGCUCUUCCACCGGUUCCAACUUGGAUUACGAUUUCCUGAACGACUGGGGGCCGAGGUUCAGGACCCUGGCCGAGCUGUACGGUGUGGAUGCACCUGACUACUACCAUCAAUACUGAUGGAAAUCGUCCGCUAAUAAGCAUAUAUGAAGCCAAAACACAAGUCAAAAACAGCCAUAAAAAUACACUCACACACACACAGCCAUACGCAUGCAGAAAAAAAAUAUACACAUUCAUCACUGAUAGAACCAGGCUUUGAUGCUGUCCAUUUUUCUUUCUUCAGUAUUAUUUUUUUGUUUUUGAUGACAUGAUGUCCUUUGACUCCUCCUCCUCACAGUCACAGUUUUGUGUUGUUUGACGUCAUAACCCUUAUAUUCCACCUGAAAAGACCAGCAAGUCCAGUCAGAUGAUGCUCCAAGGCAGGCCAAUAAGAGUUUGUCUUGGAUAACUGAUGGGUUAAUCAGGUCACUGCUGGCCAGCAACGUUGGGCAAUUAUCCAAAUUAUUUGCCCUUUUGCAUUCAAUUCAUGUCGCUGCUCCUUUACGCAGCACCACUUUGCAUCCCCUUUUAACCAUCAGUGUCUUUUUUGAAGAUUAAUAUUUGCAUCCUUUUUUUAAAUGGGUUCAUUCUAAGCACCUAUAUUCAUCUACAUAUAAACUUACCAAUGAGGCAUAUUUCUAACUAAAUUCGGACAACUAUAAAUGGACACAAGGUCUACAUUGACCACAAAAACAAUAUUCUAAGACUAUGCAUUAUUAAAUUAGCUAUAAAAUAUUAGAAUGAAUGACAUUUUAAUAAAUGGAAGUUUUAAUGCUAUAGUGCGUAGUUUCUGUCGCCCCCAUGAGGAAUUCCAAGUAAUGACAACAAAACUGUUGGCGCGUCAACAUGAUACAAGCCUUCUGUGAUGGCGCACUGCCCCACCCAUCCUCCACAAAAUUGCUAAUAGCCAAGGAGGACACGGAGGAUUAAAAAAACAUUAUGGACUCUUCAGAAGAGGUAAUUCUCUUCAGUCAAGUUUCUGCUCGCGAAAGUUGCCAGACGACACAAUCUUCUGAACAUGGCCACACUGAGAAAUCCAGAGAGAGUUGUGUGGAGCUGAUAGUCUUAA